AUGGUGUACUUCAUCGACGGAAAGGAUUGUAUGAUAUCUGAAUGGAUUCUGCUGGCAGUUUCUUACGUUUUUGUCGGCCUACGGGUGUAUACACGCCUCUUCCGCUUGCGUGAAAAGUUGGCCUUAUCUGAAUACCUUCUCCUCCUCUCGGCUUUCAACGCCCUCGGCUUGAUUAUAUGCGACACCUUGACAUACCGGCUCGGUGUGAUGGACAACUGGGAACCAUCUGUUACUCUGUCCAAGGUAAUAUCCUUCGCCUCCAAUUACUUCUACGAUGUCGGAAUGGGUUUCCCAAAGAUGAGCAUGCUGGCAUUCUAUUGGGUCUACUUCCCUGCCGACACUAGCCCUGCGAUGCGUAAGGCAUUGUGGGGCAUCACUGCGUUCGUCGGUCUUUCAUACAUGGCAAUCCUCUGGGACGACACAUUCUUCUGCGGCAAGGACGUUUCCGUUCAGUGGUCUCAAGAGGAGGGUGCUUGCAGUGUCUUCUAUGCACCCGAGCCAUUUAUCCUCAACUUCACUCUCAACCUAGCCUGCUACAUCUUUGUCUACGUGCUUCCUCUCACUCUCUUGGUUCAGGGUAUUCUACAGCCUUCCAAGGGUCUCACUAUUGCUUUUAUUCUUGGUCUGUUGACCAUCUUCACCACCAUCGUCCGCUUCAUUACCCUCAAAAUCGGAACGGGACAGGAGAACCUUGUUUAUCCUAUGAGCAUCCUCGAAAUGACACUUGCCAUUACUGUUGUCGCUCUGCCUGGUCUGAAGCCUCUGUUGGAUCGAUCAUCAAAGAGUCCCCCAUUUGAUACGGUUGAAGUCGAAAACCAAAACAAGAACUUCUCCUAG